AUGGAUUUUGUGAAGAAAUGUAAGAGGGUAUGGGGAAACAGCAAGAGAUUGUAUCCAGAAGAUAGUGGAAGUGGAAGUGGAAGCUAUGGAAAAUUAUCAAAGAGACACAAACAAAAAAACAAUAUUAAUAAGAAUAAGAAACCUCCACAAGGUUGUCUUUGUGUCUAUGUUGGACCCGAGAGACAAAGAUUUGUAAUCAAAGUCAAAAUUGCAAAUCACCCUUUAUUCAAAACAUUUUUGGAAGAUGUUGAGAAUGAAUUUGGUUAUAGAAAUGAUGGUCCUCUUUGGAUUCCUUGUGAUGUUGACUUGUUUUAUGAGGCAUUGGUGGAGAUUGAAGAUGAUGAUUUGGGUUUUGUGGGUUGUAAUUUUCCAAUGGGUCAUAAGCAUAGCUCAACUUCCAAUUUUUCAUUGUCUUCUCCUUCUAGCUUUAAUUGUGGUGAGAUUACGAGAUUUUCUGUUACAAAAUAUGGUCCAGAGAAAAAGAAAAUUGAACGAGAGAUAACCAAAUUUGAUAUCUGA